AUGAGUCAAAAUCAUAGUGAUCCCAUGACUCGGUCUAGUUCUUCUCUUUCAGCAAAUGAAACUCAAACUACUAGGAAUAGAAAAUCACUUUUAGAAGAUGGUGACACCAAAAAAACCCUAGGAGCUAAAAGAAUCAUGAGUCAAAACUAUAGUCUUCCCAUGACUCGGUCUUGUUCGUCUCAUUUUGCAAAUGAAACUCAAUCUUCUAGGAACAGAAAAUCUCUUUUAGAAGAUUGUGACACAAACAAAACCCUAGGACCUAAGAAAAUAAUGAGUCAAAACUAUAGUCUUCCCAUGACUCCUUCUCAUUUUGCAAAUGAAACUCAAUCUUUUAGGAUCAGAAAAUCUCUUUUAGAAGAUCGUGAAUCAAACAAAACCCUAGGACCUAACAAAAUAAUGAGUCAAAACUAUAGACUUCCCAUGACUCCUUCUCAUUUUGCAAAUGAAACUCAAUCUUUUAGGAUCAGAAAAUCUCUUUUAGAAGAUCGUGAAUCAAACAAAACCCUAGGACCUAAAAAUAUAAUGAGUCAAAACUAUAGACUUCCCAUGACUCCUUCUCAUUUUGCAAAUGAAACUCAAUCCUUUAGGAACAGAAAAUCUCUUUUAGAAGAUCGUGCCGCAAACAAAACACUGGGACCUAAAAAAAUCAUGAGUCAAAACUAUAGUCUUCCCUUGACUUCUCAUUUUGCAAAUGAAACUCAAUCUUCUAGGAACAGAAAAUCUCUUUUAGAAGAUCAUGGUGAAGAGAAAAAGAAGCAAGCAACCACUAGGACAAUUAUCUGUCAAGGUCAAUCCUCGAAAAGCUUCAGCUGUGGUAUAUGCUUUGAUUCUGUAACAGUCUCUAAAAUGUUCACAACAAGUUCAUGCAAUCAUCCCUUUUGUACUAAUUGCAUAUCCAUGUAUGUGGAUGUUCAGAGAAAAGAAAACGUGGUGAAACUAAAUUGUCCAAAUCCAGAUUGUUCUGUGGAACUGAAACCAGAACAUGUGGAAUCCAUUAUACCUAAACAAGUCAUUGUUGAAUGGGAAUCUGCAAUUUAUGAAUCUUCUAUUGCUAUGAUGCAAAAAAUGUACUGCCCUUAUGAGAAUUGUUCUCUUUUGUUGGUGAACGACGAGGUAGAGGUUGUUACAAGUUGUGAAUGUCCAUCUUGUCAUAGGCUGUUUUGUGCACAAUGUAAAGUUCCGUGGCAUACAAAUAUGAAUUGUCAGGAGUUUCAGGAGUGGAAAGACAACCAAGAUGAAGAACAAUUGGAAAGGAAAUUUUUGGAGUUGGCUAAUAGUGAAAAAUGGCAGAGAUGUCCCAAAUGCUCUAUGCAUGUCCAGAGAAAUGGUGGAUGUGAACACAUGCGCUGCAGGUUGUUUAUCUUGGCUUCUUUGGCUCAUCGUUAA